GAUCAUGUCCCGGUAAUUUCCCAUCUGUCUCGAAACACCGUGUGUCCGCGGCUCCUCGUCCGUCGGAAAUUAAUGGCAAUGGCAUCACUGGAAGACAGCUGGAAAGAAGCUACGGAAGACCUGGACGCUACGGUCUGCGACUCUUGGUUCACGCGCCUGCAGGAAGUCUACUCAGAAGAAAAACGCACGUACCACAAUCUGGAUUCGCUCAGGGAGAAGUUAAAUCACUACUACGAAAUCAAAAGUAAUCUCAAAAGCCCGCGAGCUGUUCUGCUCGCCAUAUUUUUUCAAAACUUUGAGUACGAUCCUAAAGCUUUGGUCUUUAGUGAAGAUAAAAAUCUCGAGCACUUCAAUGCUUUUGCUGACGAGGCCGAAAUUCCGUCGGAUGCGGAACUCAGGGAAGAGACCUGUGCUCUGCUCAAAGUAGCGGCGACUCACAGCACCGAGGCGCACAAGGUAGGCGGUGCCUUCGGCAGCGAAGAUGCUCACUACUUCUUGGAUCUGGAUAUGGCGGUACUCGGCUCCUCUCCGGAAAAUUACGCUGAAUACAGGGAGCGAAUACGUGGGGAAUACUCUUUCCUUAGCGAACCCAUGUAUACGGCACUACGACUAAAGGUAUUGCAGAACUUCCUGCAAAUCCCGAACAUCUUCGCCACCGUGGAGUUUCGUGACAAGCUGGAGGAGCAGGCACGUCAAAACAUUCAAGCGGAAGUGGAGAUGCUGUCUUAGAGCUUCAUCGCUUUGCUUUACAUAAGUUGCUUUCCUUUUAAAGAACACACUCGACACAAACGACGUUCUAUUCUUCUUGAUAUUC